AUCGGAUUGUCUGACUAGUCGGAAAGUCGGAAACCCCAGCCGCCCCUCGGGUGAGCCAACCACCACCUAGCCGCGCAAGUUGACGCCGCCAUCGCUGCGCCCACGGGCACGCUACCCCAAGUCCUCAACUCUCCCCAAGCAUCCCCAGUCUGUACGUGUCAAGUUUGCUCUCCUCUCUGCGUGGGCGCUCCGCCGCCGCUGCCGCCCACCCGCGCCGCAUGUUCGACGGAAUGGGGCAGUGGGACGCUCUGGUGGAUGCCGCGCUCGCGACGCUGGAGGCCAGGAGCCUGCUACGCGCCACGCGACCUAUCGCGCUCGCGCCGCCCCCGCCCCCCGCAACCCCGCAGACCUUCGACGGCCCGGGGCCCUGGGACCGUGCCGCCGUCGAAAUACGGCUCGACCGCGACACCCUGCAGCAAUGGCUGGCCGAAGGUGGUGAGGCGAGUGGACAUGAAGAGGAGUUGGAUGGAAAUCUGAUCCUUUUCUCUGGGAAUGACUAUAUGGGCCUCAGCUCCCAUCCUGCCGUCCGUGAGGGUUUAGUGCAGGCAGCUCGAGAUUAUGGCAUGGGGCCAAGAGGCUCGGCGUUGAUCUGUGGGUAUACGAGUUAUCACAAGUUGGUGGAGGAAUCUUUGGCAGAAUUGAAGAAAAAAGAGGAUUGCCUUCUUUGCCCCACUGGGUUUUCUGCCAACAUGGCUGUAAUGACGGCCCUGGGAAGUAUUAGCUCUCUUUUGUCCGGUGGGAGAAAACCUGCAGAGUAUGAGAGAAUUGCCAUCUUCUCAGAUGCGCUGAACCAUGCUUCAAUCAUUGAUGGGAUUCGGCUUUUGGAGCGGCAGCAAGAAGCAAUAGUGUUUGUCUACAAGCACUGUGAUAUGUUCCAUCUUGAUUUCCUGCUAUCCAGUUGCUCAAUGGAAAAGAAAGUUGUUGUCACAGAUAGCCUGUUCAGCAUGGAUGGUGAUUUUGCUCCAUUCCCUGAGCUUGUCAAAUUACGCAGAAAGUAUGGGUUUCUAUUGGUCAUCGAUGAUGCCCAUGGGACAUUUGUUUGUGGUGAGAAUGGUGGUGGUGCAGCUGAGCUAUUUGAAUGUGAAAAGGACAUUGACAUAGGUGUCGGCACCUUAAGCAAGGCCGCUGGCUGCCAGGGUGGAUUUAUAACAUGCAGCACUAGAUGGAAGAGGCUCAUUCAGUCGCGAGGUCGCUCGUUCAUAUUUUCAACUGCUUUGCCGGUGCCAGUUGUUGCUUCUGUGCAUGCGGCACUCUAUGUCUCGAGGAAGGAGAGAUGGCGGAGAUCGGUGAUCUGGAGGCACGUGCAGUAUUUUGCUUCUUUGACCAAUCUCGAGAUAACUAGUCCCAUAAUUUCCAUUGUCGUUGGAAGUGAAGAAGCAGCGCUCAGGGCCGGCAGGCAUUUGCUAAGAUCUGGAUUUCAUGUUACACCAAUCCGACCACCCACAGUGCCACCCAACUCAUGCAGGCUGAGAAUCACUCUUAGCGCUUCCCAUUCCUCGGAGGACAUCAAAAGACUGGUUGAUGCACUCACACCCUGGCUCCCUGCCAAACACAGUGAGGAGAGCUACGCUGCAGCGUCGAAACUCUAAGCGGUUUUCCAUGUGAGAGUUAGGAAGUGGCACUAGCUGAGAUCCUGCUAGAUUAUAUGGGAGGAGGCGCCAAGAUGGUGCUGGUUGGCGGGACUAAUUUACGCAUUCAUUAUGUAUGUAUCACGCAGAAUUUUUGUGGUUCCAUAACGACUACGUCCUUCACCAUCUAUAAGCAAUACUGUCUUGGUAGUCGGAUAUGGUUGUUGAAACAGGCGUGGCUUUAGGUCCACAAUGGGAACUAGAAGCUAUUCAAGAUAACAAGGCCUGUUGAUUUGGCCGUGCCAAGGUA